GUACGUGGUGACUGAACUGCUGAUUUCUGUCAGAAAGCCUACAUACACAAACACUUUGUAAAAUAAUUUACACGUUCUUCAACACGACGUGCAACACUUGUAGCAUUUGUCAUAAUUAAGCGACCUGUAUAGAAUUUUCUUUUUCUUCGUUAUUCUUUCAUCGAUAAUGCGGUAAAGAGCUGCAAUUUCAUCACAACAAAUGACCUGUUUUGAAAAAAAUCAUGAGCAUGGAUUUCAGUACGUUCACGAUAUCAAUAAUUUGUAUUUAUUGGCUAACAGUCGAAGGAUUUCCUCAGCAGAAUAACGAACGACUAGAACCACGAGGUGUAGGCGAUUAUAUGUCGUCGUGGUUUUGGUCUUCGGAGGAGAAUAAUGUAAACGUACCCACAGUUGAUCAUCUCGAAGAAAAGUCAAAUGUUAUAAAGAGUGACAAAAACAGUAAAUCAUCUGAUAAUUCUCCGGGACAUGACAUUCUUAGUCAAACGAAUCAAGGCUUCGAUCACAAUUCCAUUGCAGAGGAAAUCAAACCUGUGGACGAACUUCCCAAAGGAGCUGAACUCGAAAAUGUUGAUGCACUUUUAGAACAACUGAAAGAAGAUGUCAUCAAUACACACGAUCAAGAAAAAACCGAAACCUUGAGGAGUUUAUGGAAGGACUUGACGGAUACUGUCUCUGAAACUUCUUCUCCAUAUGUUGAGGUUGUUUAUAAGAACGCUCGUCACAUCAUAGAUAUUGGUCCAUUCGGUUCCUCAAAAAGGAGUCGAUGUUUCACGGAAAUGGGGAGCAGUAAUCCAUUCGCAGGCCUUAUGCAAUUGCUCUCCUCCAUACUUGGUUUAUAUUUUGGAGGUGCUAGAAAUAACUUGGGUAUCUCCGGAUUUCCUGCAGCGAUCUCAUCAAGCAAUGCGGGUGCUAUUAGCUCAGCAGGUGCUGGUGCAGUUCCUGGAGUGAACUUCGUCUCUAUACAAGAUAUUUUAAGAAUGAAGCAAGGCCAACAACCACCGAACCUUGGUGGUGGAAGCGUAGUUACGCCGGAUGUUCUAGGAAACUUACUGAUUGGAGGUGGCUCACAAACAGCACCUACUCAGCCUGCAGAUCAAAAUACUUCGCUUCUCAUAGCAAUGCUCUUGAAAUUAUUGAGCAAUAAUGGCAAUGGAUCUCGAGGAGGAGGAGGUGAUAUCGAUCUUGAUAUUUUAUCAAAGCUACCAAAAGGAAGUAAUAAUAAUUCAGAUUUAAUUAACAUCAUCAAAAAAAUUAGAAAUCCAUCAGGUGCAAGCGAUGACGACGAUGACGAAAAUAGCUCAUCUCGCAUCAUUGUUCUCAAGACUAGCGAUUUAGAAGAUUUAGAUGGCUCAGGAUCAGGAAAGAACCCAUUUGAGAUAAUCAACAUUCGAGGAACACCGAAGCAGAGAUUCAAGAGAAUAAAAAGAAAAUUCGAAAAUAAUCCAGAUUCGCAAGAUAAAAUCGUCAUAGUAAACGAACUAAGUCGACUGAAAAAUGAUCCUUCAAUUGAUUCUGACUUGAGAAAAUUAAUUUUAUCUUUGGAAAGAGAUAUAGAGAAUGAUGACGAAUACGAUGACAUCCGAAGAAAAUUUUCCAAGCUCACAGGUGGGAAGAGUAAACUGGGCAAUUUGGGAGAUAUCCAAUUCAUCGAUGGCAGAAAGAAUAAGCUUUCUAGAAGUUUCUCUAGUGGCGAUGACGAUGAAGAAUUAUGGAAAGAACUUGUGCAAUCACUGUCGCCCAAGUUCAAAAGUAAAAGAGUCAGUGAUUCCAAAACUUUUAAAGACCUACUAAAUGAAUUGAACAUUAAGAAUUUCGAUAUGGAUUAAAAAAGUUAAAUGUUUCUUCCUCAUUUUUAUAAUAUGUACCCAUACGUAACAAUCAUAAUUCAAAACAUACCGAAGUACCCAUCUGUUUAUCUAUAAGUACCUAUUUGAAAUAACUCCAAUAAAUAUC